AUGACUCCUCCCUACCAGAGUCGACGAGAGCGCCUUGAGAUUGAGGUGAUGAACCGGCUGCUACGAGAGCCAAAUUGGCAGCCCUUCCUGAGAGAGGAGGUAAAUGCCGCCAACAAGUUCAGAGCUACGCGGGCCUACAAGACACACCGAGAAGCAUACGACAACAAGAACAGCACACCCGCUGCCUCUACGUCCAAGCCUGGUGAGACUCCGCCAGCUAAGCAUCAAGCUGGUGACGGAAAGAAACUCCCCGCUGCACCGAAGACACCGCCUGCUGCCUCUACGCCUAAGCCAUGUUACACUCUCCCAGCUGAGCAUGGAACCGGCGACGGAAAGGAACCACUAGCAUCCAAGACACCGCCCAUCUCAACCGCAGCGCCCAUCUCAACUGCAGCCAACAUCUCGCCUGCAGCGCCUAUCUUACCCGCAGCGCCUAUAUCAACCGCAGCCAACAUGUUAACCGCAGCUAAUAUCUCAACCGCAGCGCCUAUGCCAACCGCAGCGACUAUCUUAACCGCAGCGCCUAUGCCAACCGCAGCCAACAUGCCAACCGCAGCGACCACCGCACCUACUGUAACACCUGGCACGCAGAUCCAGCAUGACUGCUCUCCUCCUCCGAACAACGAUGACCACGAAGAAUAUGGCGUCGCCAUCCCGUUCAGUCAGAGUAGCGCGCAGCCCCCAGAGCCAGAGUCUCGGAAACGGGUGAAGCUGACUGUCGACUUGUCGCAGCCACCAAGCCAGUCGGACAUUAAGGCAAUGCAGAUUACCAAGGCAACAGAUUUGGAUCGCGCAUCGGAUUACAUCCUGAAGCUGACCCUCCGAAUGGAUACGUGUCCACGGGCGGGGAUGCUCCGUGACGUCGUUCACAUGGCGGUGCAGCAAUAUCAAGAGUCCGACGGUGCCAUACCGCUGCGUCUUCUUCCGCUCGGACCGUGGCCAAUCAGCCUCGCCUCUAUGAUCGAGGUGUGCCAAGCCAAGAUGUGGCUGUCCGGCACGACUAUCGACUUCGUUGUCGAGAGAUGUGGCAGUUCACGGGGGUACUCACCGGAGGUCGUAUACGAGGAAACAGUGCAGCAAGAGGCAGCUGACUGCGGGGUCUUCGCAGCGUGGAACGUGAGGACAUUACUUCACAGUGACCAGCCCGCGAAGUCGGCCUCCGACGCCUUGAGCCUUGGUAUGGCACUCCCACGGGAGCUCUUCACCGAAGCACACAGCACUAUCAGCAGCCGUGAUCCCCCUUACUGCUCGAGCCAGGCUGCGCUCGAUGCGCACAUCGAGCAUCUAUCUGGCGACAUGCGCAACCCGACUGGCAUUAGCCCGAAUAGCAACCACCACAACGAUGACAAGAGCAAGGACCCUGACGACAACGACUAUGACAGUGACAGCAGCGACGGCUACGCUGAGCGGAUAUCUCACUCUCCUAAGAUUCGACAUCAUCUUACGCAGCAUGACCUCGACGAGCAGGACAUCAUUGUCCGUAGCGAAGCCGUCGCCAUUCUCGAACACAAGACGCAGAACCUUCCGUAUCAAUCCGUACCAGAUUUCAGUGGUCGCAAACACGAAGCUCUCAUGUGA